AUAUACAAUGGAAUUAUCAUAUAGAGAAUAAUUAUGAUUUUACAUCUGCUAAUUUGGAAGUAUGAUUUUGUUUAAAAUAUCGAUUACAUUUUACAUUCACUAUUAAUAUAAUUGACAAAUAUAUAAAUUCUUAGUGGGAAAAUAUCGACACUAGUAAGUAUAUAUUUCCCAGAGAAAUUUGGGAAAUACGUCCUAUGUGGGAAAUAAUUGUAAAAAUCAUCAGCAUUUUACCAAUUAUCAUCAUUGGAUCUUUUGCUAAUGGUGGAUUAAUCUACGUGAUACUCAAAGAAAAAUCUUUACAUACUACAACUAAUCUCUUAAUUGUGAAUAUGUGUAUCGCGGAUUUAGGUACAUGCUUAAUAUGUCCAUGGAUGUUUCUUUGCAUCGAUCUAUUUCAAAAUUAUAUUUUGGGAGAGAUUGGUUGUCGAUUGGAUGGAUCAUUGGUGCAUGCUUUAACAUUAGUUGCAGUUUUUAAUUUGAGUGCAAUUAGUUAUGAUCGUGUUUCUGCUAUUGUCCUUAAUUGCUCAGGAAAAUUAACAAAAAGGAUGAUGUAUAUUUUACUUUUCUCUACUUGGAUUUUUGGAAUAUCUGUUGCCAUUCCUUUGAUUUAUUUUCGGCAUUAUUAUGAAAGACAAUGGAAAAAUUAUUUAGAAACUUAUUGCACUGAAGAUACUGUGCUUAUUUAUCCUUAUUGGCAUAUUUUUGCUGGUUUAAGUGUUUGGGCACCAUUGACUAUCAUGGCAAUAUGUUAUACAGCUAUUUUUAUCAAAUUAGAUCGCUAUGAAUCACAAGCUCUAAAAAAUAAAUAUCCAAUUGUGGUAAAAUAUAAAGGAAAAGUAACACAAAUAUUGGCUCUUAUAGUUGUAGCAUUCAUUAUAUGCCGUGUACCAUUUACCGCAUUAAUAAUUCGUAGAGCACAAUUAUUAAAAGAAACGCCUAAAACGGGACAAGCAGAAACUAUAUAUCCAUUAUGGUAUAUUAGCAGAUAUUUAGUAUUAGUUAAUGCGGCAAUAAAUCCUUUAUUAUAUGGCUGUAGUAGUAGUUCACUAAGGAAGAAAUUAAUGUUGUGUUCUGUUACAUCUUGGCUAAUGCAAAAAAAAAAACAAAAAGUGUUAAAAACUUGUAUUAUCUCAGGAUUAAAAACACAAAAUUCUCAUAAUCUAAAACCACAAUUUCCUUGUAUACGAAUCUUUUAUAAAGACAGAAACACAAUACCACAGAUUUCAUCGACUAUUAUAUGA